AUGGACGUAAAAAAUGCUUUUCUUCAUGGUGAUCUGAAGGAGGAUAUUUACAUGACACCUCCUCCGAGUCUUUUUUCUUCUUUCUCACAAACAUCUAUUGGUAUUGUUCUUUUACUUGUGUAUGUGGAUGAUAUUCUCAUCACUGGCAUGGAUUCUGGGUCAAUCACUCAACUCCAGCAGCAUCUACAAGCUUCCUUUCAUAUGAAGGAUCUUGGUCCGCUUAUAUAUUUUUUGGGUUUGGAAGUACAUACGAAUUCCACGGGUAUCUUCUUGAACCAACACAAAUACAUCCAAGACUUGAUCACUUUGGCUAGUCUUCAAGAUUCUUCGUCUGUCAAUACUCCUCUGGAAGUUAAUGUUAAAUAUCGUUGUGAGAAGGGUUACCUUCUUUUUUAUCCUACUAUCUUUCGUCAAUUAGUUGAGAGCCUCAACUACUUGACCAUCACUAGGCCUGAUAUAUCAUUCGCAGUCCAGCAAAUUGGGUUGGGUGCCCUGAUACCCAUCAUUCUGUUACUAAGUAAAAACCAAACUCAUGUGUCUAAAUCUUCAACUGAAUCCGAGUACCAUGCCAUGUCUGCUGCCUAUUCUGAAAUUAUUUGA